GUGAGAUUGUGUAUUUCCCCCCAUCUGCAGAUGCCUGGAGUAACUGUAAAAGACGUCAACCAGCAGGAGUUUGUACGGGCCCUUGCAGCCUUUCUCAAAAAGUCAGGUAAACUAAAGGUACCUGAAUGGGUGGACACAGUCAAACUAGCCAAGCACAAAGAAUUGGCUCCAUAUGAUGAAAACUGGUUUUAUACCAGAGCUGCAUCCACAGCCCGCCAUCUUUAUCUUCGGGGUGGUGCUGGAGUCGGAUCCAUGACCAAGAUCUAUGGGGGGCGCCAGCGCAACGGUGUGAUGCCCAGUCACUUCAGCCGGGGUUCCAAAAGUGUUGCCAGGAGGGUGCUCCAGGCUUUGGAAGGGCUCAAAAUGGUGGAGAAGGACCAGGAUGGGGGUCGCAAGCUUACUCCUCAGGGACAGAGGGACCUGGACAGGAUUGCUGGACAGGUGGCAGCUGCGAACAAGAAACAUUAAAAUGGAGUUCAGUUCAAUAAAGUUCUUUAUUUACUGAA